UCGAGCAGCUGCUGUGUCAAAAGUGCUCGAAAAGUUUUGUACCACGCACAACUGCUCGAUAAGGGUUCUCUUUCAAUUUAAUCCCUGUGGCAUUCACUACGUUAACCGUUGCUCCUAAUUAACGGAACGAUGUCGGGAAAUCUAGAUGUUCUGUCCCUCAAGGAGGACGAUGUCACCAAGAUGUUGGCCGCGACGACCCACAUCGGAAGCACCUCGGUGAACUUCCAGAUGGAGCAGUACGUGUACAAGCGCCGCACGGACGGCGUGCACAUCAUCAACCUGGGCCGCACCUACGAGAAGCUGCUGCUUGCCGCUCGCUGCAUCGCUUCGAUCGAGUACCCGGGAGAGGUCUUUGCCAUCUCGUCCCGUCCGUACGGCCAGCGUGCCGUGCUGAAGUACGCCCACUACACGCAGGCGACCCCGAUUGCCGGACGCUUCACGCCCGGUGCCUUCACUAACCAGAUCCAGACGACGUUCCGCGAGCCGCGCCUGCUGAUCGUCACCGAUCCGCUGACCGACCACCAGCCCGUGACGGAGGCGUCGUACGUCAACAUUCCGGUCAUCGCGUUCUGCAACACCGACUCGCCGGUCAAGUUCGUCGACAUUGCCAUCCCGUGCAACACCAAGUCGACGCACUCGAUCGGUCUGAUGUGGUGGAUGCUGGCGCGCGAGGUGCUGCGCCUGCGCGGCAAGAUCACGCACGACCGCUGGGAGGUGAUGCCGGAUCUGUUCUUCUUCCGCGACCCGGAGGAGGCGGAGAAGGAGCAGGCCGCCAUCGAGGCUGCCGCGCCGGUCAUCAAGGACGUGCCGGAUGAGGUGGUGGUUGCCGAUGAGCCGACUACCUGGGGCGAGGAUGUGACCCAGACCGCACUGGCUGUCCCGCAGGCCAAGCCGCUGGCUGUCGCCGGCGCGAACGAUGACUGGAACGAGGACGAUACUGCGCCCGCUGCUCCGGGUGCCGCGUCGUGGGGUGGUGCCGCUUUCUAAGCAUUCGCACUAGCGGAGCUCAAACCGUUUGUGACCACCCCAGGGGGUGGGGGGGAGUGUAGACGAUAGCAUACCAUCGCAGGAUUGUACGGUAUCGUGUGCUAUACCUUGCCUUCUCCCGCACACAACACGUGGGUUGAGGUUGUCCAAAAUCGGAAGAGUGAAAUAAACAGUGUAAGUUGUCACGUUUCAUUCUUUUCGUGAAAACAGGAAAA